AUGAACACAACGGACGACGACGGCGAUGUGUUGUAUGAUCUCGCUUGCGAGUGUGAAGCUCUGUUCGAUACCCAAUCUGCAAAUCUCAGAGCGCAGACGUCCUCUCUCUCUGUGGCCAACCUCGUCGCAGAAUACCAGCAAAGAUUUGCAAUAUGGGCGGCCCAUUUGGGUGUCUUUGCCCGCAGGAGCCAGUCUCUCGACACAAGACUCCGAAAUCAUGCCGAUAUACAGGAUCUCGUUGCUCGCCUCUUGGGUAUUCUGCGGCGCAGUCUUCACCAGUUCAUGCGGGCCAGCGAAGCCAGUGGGGCAAACGGCCUAUCACAAGCCGAAGAUGAUGUUCGAAGAGACGAGGCUUUGUCUGCCAUCGAUGCCGCCCUUACCCGGCUGAACAGGCUCGGCGUCACGAUCCGCAAAUUAUCCCAUGGCGGGAUAGAUGUCAAAAUACAGAGGUUUGCUGCAAGUCUUGACCUCGGGCCCUUCGCCGCCGUCUCGCAAGCCGUGGUCCAACAACUCUACCCGAACGCCCAUCAAUCGCUCCAGCAAUACCUGGGAAAGACCAUGGUGGACCGAUACGCCGCAAUGCUGUUUAGGAAGUACCGUGACGAUAAGCUGCAGUCACGGCGCCCCGGAAAACCCAUUGGUUUCAUGCCUACGAUCGAUGAAGAACGCCAAGGUGACCCAGGCCGAUAUUCACCUGGACAAUUAGCCAGCGGUACGAGUCAAGAAAUGUUACCCAAGACUUCAGGCUAUACAAACAUCGCCAGGAUAUCUUCUGCCGCCUCUCAAUCAGAUCUCUCAACUAUCAACGGCCAGCAGCUGAGGUUGACCCUACACAGAACCAACAACUUCCAGGUUCCGACGGAACGACGCCAGGGAACUUCGUCGGUCCAAGUCGGCCACGGAAACUACCCGCGGCGACCAUCUCGAAGAGACGACAACUUCUUCACUUGUGAAUGGUGCGGCAAAAUCAUUGGGAAACAAGACAUGAACGACAGCGACUGGAGGCGACAUGUCGAUGAGGAUCUCAAGCCCUACACGUGCAUUUCUGACGCGUGUUCCGAUGGCCAUCCGGCUUUCCCGAGCUUUGCACUGUGGCUCUCUCACAUGAAAGAGCACAACCGGCGCUGGCAUCAGAGAGCAUUCCCAACGUCCGGUUGGAUUUGCGCGUUGUGUGACGACAGCCCUGAGAUACACACAGGUCCAGAAGCUUUACACGGCCAUCUGGUGCAAGCUCACGGAGACGUGUUCCCCGAGUCGCAGCUUCAAGCGAUCGCCAGACAAAGCAAAGUAGAACGGCCGAGGCCGUGGGACGAAUGUCUCUUCUGCUGCUUUAAGGUCGAGGAAACAGAGCCCCCGCCCAAGCGCCGCAAGGAGCAACUUGUCAACAAGGCCGGCAACAAAAGCAGCAGGACAAGUUUUGCUAAAAAGCAUCCCAAGCUAGAGAGGGAAACCGACCAGGGCUCGGACGCGUCAGACGAUUCCCUCGACGUACCCGGGCUCACGCUAACUGCUGAUAAUACCAAGACGAUGGCGCGACAUAUCGCAACACAUCUACAGGCUUUGAUGCUGUUAACCAUCCGCCUAGCCUUUCUAUCCGACGAUCACAGCCAAGAGACACAAGAUCACGCAAACAGUGUUUCGGUCGAUGCCGGGGACAGCGAUGAAGUGCCCUCCACUAAAUCCGCCCGGGAGUCAGCAGCAGAUACUGUGUCUACCGAGGAUGCCGAAAUGCCAGAUUUCGAUGGAGAGGUGCUCGAAGCCGUGGACAUGCCGCAGGUUGAUCACAUCCCUGACGCCGUCGUGGAUUUUUAUGGCGUGCCUAGACAAUACGAUGAACUCCCGGUUGAAGAAGAUGAGUUCCUGCAGGAACUAACCAAAUCCGGGGCGUAUCAAGCACAUCUACAUCGGCUCGAGCAUCAAGGCUGGUACGUUCGACCCGAGAAUGAAGGUGUCAAUAAAACAACUGGCGAGGACUCGGAGGGCGAAGAAGCAGAUUUUACGAGGACACUAGCAACACUCUAUCCUGUCAUCGGGAACCACGGAACAGAGCUCCCGGAUGUUGAUGUCGUUCUGGUCCAUGGCCUCAACUCCAUGCGAGACUAUGGAGACGUGGACGGGAUCAAGACGUGGACUGCCGAAGACGGGACCGUAUGGCCUCGCGACCUGCUGCCAAAGUACAUGCCCGAUGCCCGCGUCCUGUGCUACAAUUACAACGGCACCAUCACAGGCACAACCUCGCGUGCCGGCACCGAAGAGCGUGCCCAGAUGCUCCUUCAGGAACUCGGGCAGAAACGCCCAAGCGGGUUCGACUACGAAAAACAAACACCCAUCAUCUUUGUGGGCCAUAGCCUGGGCGGCGUAAUCAUCAAGCAGGCUUUGAUCUUGGCCCAUCUCGACCCAGAGUAUACGUACCUUGCCGACGCAACCUGUGGCAUCAUCUUCUUUGCCACACCCCACCAUCUGGGCGACCCAGGUGCUGGGGAGAUAUUCGCUAAGCGUAUUCUGCAUGCCAUCCUGCAGGGCAGGCCAGACCCAGGCCCCUUGGCAAUGUUAACAGCAAGGCCACCGCCACCAAGCCCCGUGAUGAUUAAAGAUAUCAAGUCUAAUAGCGAGAGCCUCAUCCACGUCACGACCGAAUUUCAAGUCGUUCUUGAGUCCCUCAACGUUUCCGUUGUCAACUUCUUCGAGGAACAUGCCACCAAUGGGCUAGGCGGGAUGGUUGUGAGCCAGGCUGAUGCUUUCCUCGAGGGUGCGGACAACCAGAUCCUAGCAGGAGAUCACAUCGACAUAUGCAAGUUCUAUAACAACGAGAUCGGACGGGUAUUGUUCAGGUCCGUCGGGAUAGCACUCAAGCGGCUGACUACCAUCUAUAAGGGUAGAAAACGUUGAAGUCGGCCACCGACCAGGGUCAUUAGGGGUACAGUGCCCGCAUAGUGUAUUACAGUGCUUUCGACUUUUUUUUUCUCCCACGCUUUCCCUUCGUUUUUUCAAUUCCUUUCCGUAACUAUAUGGGUAGGUAGGUAGGUAGGUAGGAAAGCUACGAUGCGCUCGCGAGGCCUGCGCGGGUAAAGCGCUCUAUAACCUCAUCCUCGGUCGCCGUCUCGCGCCGCUUCACCAUGGCGACGAGGGCCGCGUUGCGGGGC